AUGUCCUCUAGGCCCAGCACCAAAGCCGGCAAGGAGGGCGCCGGUGGCCCCGCGGCCAGGGCCCCAACCCAUUCAACAUCCGCCCCAAAAAGAAAACGGGCAGUCGGCGCAUCUGUCGCUCUAAGAGCUGCCGAGAAGCCGCGCAGCGGCGCUGCCAGAGAUGACUCCGACCUCGCCGCUGCAGCCGCUUCUGUCCCUAGCACCUCCAGAGGCCCGAGGGCAGAUGCUAAGGCAGGGGCAGCUGCCGGGAAGAAGAAGGCUGCAGUGGGCAAGGGGAAGGCCGCUGAGGCAGGCAAGGAAGUUGAGAUCAGUAGGAAGAAGCGCGCUGUGGCCAUGAAGAAGCAAGACAAGGGGAAGGAGUCUGGAGGUGACUUGGCUCCCGCCAGACAACCUCUGCCACCGGGUGACGGGCGAUCGGUCGACGGCCACUACUGGCUUGAUCGACCGGAAGCCAAGCUGCUCAAAUUGCCCAGGCACAAGAAAGACUUCACUCCAGAGCAGCUCAAGGAGUGGCAGAGGUAUGCCGCAGGCUGGUGCCCUCGCUGCCUGGGCUUUUGCACCUGCCGCGCAUGCAUGCGGAAGCUGCAUCCGCGCGAGGAUUACUCCGCGCCCAAGCACCAGGAAAGGGAGUACGCGCGCCACGUGCUGCGCUAUGUCGCCCCCCUGCUGGCAGGCCAGCAUGCCUUGAAGCUGGCAGAGGUAGCGGCUGGCGCGGAGCCGGUGGCGUACGGGGACGUGCGGUGGGAGGACCCGGAGGACUUCCGCCACAUGUGCGACCGCUGCUGCACCUCUAUUUCGGAUCUGCACCGCACCUGCGCCGAGUGCGCGAGCACCGAGAAGGGCGACGGCUUCGAACUGUGCCUGCAUUGCUGCGCCGAGGCCCGCGAGGCUGGCCAGGCGCAGGUUUGCUGCGAGGAAGGACACACGAUGGAGCUGGUGCGCUUCUUCAACGAUGCCAUGGCCGCAGCCCUCCAGCAGACCAUCGAGAUGGGGGACGGUGGAGACAUGUCUUUUUGGGAGUGGAGGCAGGGAAGCACGGGGAGGGAACCCCUGCGAAUGGGAAGGCCCGAGGAGCAGCUGACAGGCAAUGGGCGAGAGGCUGGGCCAUCUGCCGGAGCAGCGCCCGCUCGCAGCAGAGACGGUCAGUGCCGCGCCAGGCGGAGAGCUGGGGAGGAUGCGGCCGGGGGCUCUGGCAGCGCCGCUGCAGCCGCCGAGCCCAGCCCUGACAGCCAGCCGGCCGCCGCUGCCGAAGACCCGGCCGCCGCUGCCGGAGACGCGAACGGCGGCAGGCGGAGCGCUGGGGAGGAUGAGCCCGGGGGGUCUGGCAGCGGCGCUGCAGCCGCCGAGCGCAAUCCUGACGGAUGGAUCGACGAUGGUGAUGAGGAGCUGCCUGUCGACCUUGUAGAGGAGGCUCUGGCGGCGGUGGAAGCGCACAAAGCCUUAACGAGGCCAGAUGCACUCCCUCUUGUCAGCAAUGAGUCCCUUUCCGGCUACGUGGCUCUUCGGGUCAGCGGGGCCAAGAAGCCCGCUCGGAUGAUUGCGGACUUUUAUGAAAGCGACCCCGAAGCCGAGCCCGAAGCCGAGCCCAGGGUGACUGAGUUCUACCCGCGUGCUCCAGGCCUGAGGCAGCAAAUAGCAGCUGCACCAAAAGGGUCUGCUAGCGCGUCAGGUGCCGGCGUUCUGCAGGCAGCUGCUGGCAGCCAGGGCCUUGCUGUGGGCCCUGCAGCUCCCACAGCUGCUGUGCCUCCAGAAGGCACGGGCGCUGCUGGCCCAGACUCCCGGACAGCUGCCCGCGAGAGCAGAGCGCGGAAGCGGCAGGCCCUUGUGCUGGCCGCUGCUGCGCAGGAUAGAAGCGACUCUCAGGCCGCUGCUGGCGACCAAGGCACGGCCGAGGAGUCUGCUGCUCCAGAGGCUGCUCCACCUCCCAGGGAACACGCGGGCGCUGAGGAUGAUGAGCCAGGGGCCAGUGCAGACGCAGCUGUAGCCUCAGGGCCGGAGCCUCAGAGAGCCGCGCAGCAGGACACCGCUGCAGUCGCCGACGCAGCAGCCACCGUGCGCGUGACAGGACCUGUCACAGCUGCAGCGCUGGCCAUUCCACAUGGCCAAGGGAGCGGCUCUGGCGCAUACCUCCUGAGUGCAGCCAUGCAGGAUGCCCAGCUCAUCCUCGAGAGACUGGUGGCAAGCAGCUGCUCGGAAGGUCCGUCGCGCGCGGCGCCACCGCAGGCAGCGGUGGCGACCGGGGGACCUGCGGCAGUCCCUGAGCCGGAGGAGGGGCACCCCAGAAAGCGCGCACGGACUCUCACCUCGGAGGUGUCAGCCGCGCACGCACAGCCAAGCGGCUCAACGGCAGCGCAGCGUGACAGCCUGGCUCAGUCCUACCUGCAGACAUUCAUCAAAAAUUUCCCCAAGCACGACAGGGAUGUGGCGAUGUACAUGGCCAUCCUCCAGGGUGUCUGGAGUGCAAUGGAGCGCGCUCAGCUGGCCCCGACCCGGCCGCAGCAGGCCGCGCCGCCUGCCCCUGUCCCACCAGUGACAGCCGCCGGGCAGCCCGCCAGGGAGAAUGCUGGCUUGGCGCCUGCCGCGCAGCCUUCCUCUGUGCCACCGGCGCCGACCGCACAGGGGGGCGACAGGGGGGUCCCGGGCUCAUCGGCUGCGGCGCCUGCUUCCGCGGCAGCGGCGGACGAGCGCGCAGGUGCAGCUGGGGGCGCAUUGAUGAACGACGAUGUGCUUCCGGAGGCCGCCCCAGAGGCGGCCGCCGACCCCGGCCCGUCAGUGGGGGCCGCCCAGCCAGUCGCAAAAUUUCCGGGUCCAGCCGCACAGCGGCGCAGCAGGGCCGCGGCGCGUUCUUUGCGGCCGCCCGCUCCCGUGCGGGAGGCGGCAGUGGCUGCUGAAGAGGCGUCAGACGGAGCUGGAGGUGAUGUGGAUGCCGCCGCAGUGCCUGCCGGUCCGGCGUCACAGCCAGCCGCCGACGUACCGGCGCCCGCACAGCAGCGCGAUGGGGAGGAUCCCGGCUCGGCGUCGUUGGCGCCUGACGUGCAGCCGGAUGCCGCCGUGCAGGACGCUGCAGCUGCGGCGGAACGCGCUUGUGAAGCUCCGGGAUGGGCUGCGCGGGCUCCAGAGGUUGCUGCCAGCAUUGCGCCGCUGCCGGCCGGCCAGAGAUCAUGGCACCAGGUGGUGCCGGACGAGAGCAAGCGGCUGGCGGCGUCGCGGCCGGACGGGCAGCAGAACUACGUCUACACGCCCACCGCCGACGACCUGGCCAUGUGGAACCCCAAUCGCCCUGCGCAAGUCAGGCUGUUUCAGGAGGUCUGGCGGGAGGGCGUGCCGGUUGUGGUGCGCGCCGUGCGCAAGGGCUACGCGUGGGACCCGGACACGAUGUCCCGCGCAACCAACGAAAAGAACAAAGCCCAUGGCGCGACAAAGGACGAGGAGCUUGAUGUCCUGAAGUGCACGGACUGGAGCGAGGAGAGAAUGACAGAGGGCAAAUAUUUCAAGCUCUACAAGGAGGGCCGCGGAGACGGGGACUUGUACAAACUCAAAGACUGGCCACCCAACGCCCACUUCUCCGAGCGGCUCGGCCGCCACAACCAGGACUUUUUGGAGAUGCUGCCAAUGCCGGAGUACAGCCACCCCAAGGGGCCCCUCAACCUCGUCUCCUACCUGGAGGACAACGGCGUGAAACCCGACCUGGGACCCAAAUCCUACGUCGCCUGCGGCCGGGUGAAGGAGCAUGCGGGCGAGGGCGACAGCGUGACCAAGAUGCACUGCGAUCUGAGCGACGCCAUCAAUGUCAUGUGUCACCAGGCAGGAGAGGGCGCUGACUCAAUCGUUCGCUGCGGCAACACUCUCGCCGACAUGGUCUCCGAUCCCAGCUACGGGGGCGCGGGCGCGGUGUGGGACAUCUGGCCGCGAGACAGCCGCAAGGAGCUGGAGGCUUUCCUGCGGCGCCAUGCGGACGAAUUCGCGGCCGAGGGCGUCAACGUCGACGUCGACACCAUGCUGCACCCCAUCCACGACCAGGCGCGCUGCCACCCCUUGUUCUUUGACUUCUUCCUGACGGCCAGGCACCGCGCGAUGCUGAAGAGCGAGUACGGCGUCGAGUCAUGGCACUUUGAGCAGCACCAGGACGAGGCCGUCUUCAUCCCUGCCGGCUGCCCCCACCAGGUCCGCAACCUGAAGUCGUGCAUCAAAGUGGCAAUCGACUUUGUGAGCCCGGAGAGCGCGGAGCAGUGCCUGGAGCUGAUGCAGGAGCGCCGGCAGCUGACUCUGCGCGAGAACAAGGAUGGAGAGGAAAAGCCAGAAGCCCCAGAAGACCGGCGACACUGCGACAAGCUGCAGGCUGAGUUGAUGAUCGCGCGCGCCGCGGCCGCCUCCCUCGCGGCGCUGCGGUGA